UCUGGACUUCAGCGCGCGUGAACUCGGGAAAAACACAUCAGGACUUUUCUCUGUCAUCCGGGAUUGUGUCUUUCUCUUCAGGUGGUUUGGGAAUGUGGCUACUUGACGAUUAUUCCGUUCAUGGACUUAAUAUUGCCUUACUGAGGACUUUAUUUGUACAUUAAAGAGAAGGAGGAACAUCACCUGUAACAGUUGACCAAUGACACCUGUUGACUCUUCGGCGCUGGUUUUAAGAGAAACUGUGCUAUAAACAAACUACGAGGAUAGCUGAACGUUUGAUGAGCAAGUUAAGAUGAAAGUCACGGUCAAUUUCGGGGAAACGAGGGUUGUCGUCCCGUGUAAAGACAGUUGGAUGGUACGGGAUUUGAUCGAUCAAGCCACUCAAAGAUACAAGAAGAUUGUUGAACAGGAUGGGGAAUUCCUGGUACGGACGCACCAUGUGGAGUACGAGGACGGGGGGAUCCUGGACCCAGAUGACAUGCUAACAGACCUGGUGGAGGACAAAGACAAGCUGAAGGCUGUGUACGAGAAGAUGGAGGUCCAGCAGAGGGCGAUGGUGAGUCCUGAGGGGAGUGUGGUGGGGUCGGGUCUCUCCAGCCCUGACCACUCUGAACCCGAGCUCAGCGUCCUACAGCCCUACCUGGGCAGCGAGAUCGAGGUCACCACAUCUGCCCUCAAAUCAACCACCCCUCUGUCCGUGCGAAGCAGCAGUGACCCCGCCCUCGCCCCGCACCUGGAUGUCAUUUCAUUGGACCGCGAGGACAUCAGCAGACCCCAGUCAACCGGCGUCGGUCAUGCAACGACUGUGAAGGGAGGAGCCAUGGACAAACCCAAGGUGGACGUCCCAAACUUUAGGACUGGACAAGUCAGCUUAAGCAGUCUCACACGGACGGUGAAGAUUUCUGGAGACCUCGGGCCUCUGGGAAUCAAAGUCAUAUCAUACUGCUCCUCACUGAGUGGAAGGACUCUGGGUCUGCAUAUCCGAUCCAUCGAGGAGAACAGCCGCUCUGAACGAGAGAGGAUCUUUCAAGAGGAUGAGUGCAUUGUGCAGAUCAAUGACAUCGAGUUAAUAGACAAGUCCUUCGCUCAGUCUCAGGAGGUGUUUCGCCAAGCCAUGUCCUCCUCGGCCGUACGCUUGGGGGUACUUCCUGUUGCCAACAAGCUUCGUUACGAAAAGAGCCUCAUCGGUCAACUUUUCAACAGCACCGAACCAACCACUGUGGUCCCUAAAGUCAAGAGUCCUUUCUUGGUCCAAAAUCUCCGUCCGAGUAAUACAGCGACUCCGUCCCCAGAGCCCCCUGUCUCUCAGACCCCGCCCCUAAAGGAGGAGGAGCUUCGCCCUGCAAGACACUCCCCUGUUGAAUCAAAUCAUCACAGAGAUACGCCUUCUCCUCCCGUCAGCGCAUCACCCAUCCUCAAAGAUCGUAGCGAGAGCCCUACCCCAAAAAUGAUCCCAGCCCUCGCCGCGCUGGUUAACAUGACCAGCAAAAAGCCUGGGAAGAAAAUGAAGAUCGAUUUGAAGAAAGGCACGGAGGGCCUCGGUUUCACCGUGGUAACCAGAGACUCGUCUCUUCAUGGUCCAGGACCCAUUAUGGUCAAGAGCAUUCUGCCUCGCGGAGCUGCCGUUAAAGACGGGCGGCUCAAGUCUGGAGACCGUAUCCUGGAGGUAAAUGGAGUGGACAUUACAGGACGCACACAAGAGGAACUGGUGGCUAUGCUGCGGAGCACUAAACUGGGAGAGACCGUAUCAAUGAUGGUUGGAAGACAAGAGGAGUUUUUGCCCAGAGAACUGAAAGGAGAGCCGUCAGGUCCACUGCUGGUGGAGGACGGGCGAGAGCAGCUGAUGUUUGAAGUUCCUUUGAACGACUCCGGCUCAGCUGGUCUGGGGGUCAGUCUGAAGGGUAACAAGUCCCGAGAGACCGGAGAAGACCUGGGCAUCUUCAUCAAGUCCAUCAUCCACGGUGGCGCCGCAAACAAGGAUGGCCGCUUGCGUGUCAAUGACCAGCUGGUGGCUGUUAACAGUGAAUCCCUGGUCGGACGCUCCAACCAUGAUGCCAUGGAAACCCUUCGGUACUCCAUGUCGACUGAAGGGAACCUCAGAGGAACCAUCCAGCUGGUGGUCCUGCGUGCUCUGGAGCGCUCGCCUGCACAGGAAAUUCAGGAAGACAGUCAAUCUCUCCCUAGAAACGACUCUCCUGUUCAUCAUCAUCCUCAUCCUAACAGCAACUACACCAACAGUUCCAUACCACCAUCCACAGCGAACAGCCGUGUGUACGAAGCUGCUCCUGCUCCACACAGAUCCCAUGGCGAAAGACAGGAACUGCCGGAGGAGGACUACGAGGAAGAUGAUUUCCCCCCUCCACCUUCUGAUCAGGACCUGCUGGAGACAAACCUUCUGCACAAACACCAACCAGAUCGGGCUGAAAUGGAGCCUGUUUCCUAUGUGAACCACCCCAACAACCAACAAUACCCUCAACGACAGAAAGUCCCAGAUUACUCCAACAACAGGUCCUCUAAGAGCAUGGAUUUAGUGUCGGAUGAGAGUAACAUGGCCUCCUUUCAAGGACAGCGAGCCGAACCCCGCUCCUCUAACGGGACGGCGCUGGGACCCAGGUUAGGUCUUCAGAAGUCCAGUUCUCUGGAGAGUCUCCAGACAGCGAUGGAGGAGGUCAGUAAGGACGAGGUGCCCUUCCACCGUCCUCGCGCACACAUGGUCAGAGGCAGAGGCUGCAACCUCAGCUUCCGCCACGCCAUCGACAAGUCCUACGAAGGGCCUUCUGAACCCGAGGAUGACUCUGAGGAAGAGUCGGGAAGAGACACUCCCGCCAGCGGAUCCUCUCGCCAGGAACUGGAUGAUGACAACAAGGUAAAGAAAAAGAAAACCAAAAAGAAGAAAGAGAAAAAGAACAAAAAGAAGGAGGAGCCCGAAGACCCCGAGAAAAAGGCAAAGAAAAAAGGAUUUGGAUUGUUGAGCAAGGAGACCCCGCCUGACCUCAGAUCAGUGCAGAAGAAUAUGUUUGGGAGGAAAAAAGAGGAUAAAGCCAAAUCUAAGGCUAAACAACUGGGCGCUUUGAGCGAAGAGGAGAUGGACAAGAGUGAGCCUGAGCUGUUUCAGUCGAAGAGUGAAAGGAAUAGCCCUGCUCUUGACCGUUUCACCUUCCCGGACGUCGAGGAUGAUGACCUGGAUCCCAACUAUGCUCGCAUCAACAAUUUCAGAGAACCCCCUGCUUCCAGUCACUCCCCGUAUCCACCCGGGACUCCCACCCACAACUACUCUCAGCCUCCUGUCCCUGUCCCCGUCCCGAACAGAGAGCCGCCCAAUGAGGAGGAGCUAGAGGGCCUUUAUGCAAAAGUGAACAAGCAAAGAGCCGCCCCUCCAAAGACUGACAGUAAUGAAGAACGACUGCAGCAAAUCCGAAAUCAGCUUCAGAAGGCGAGACCAGCUCCGUCCUAUGAAGACCUGAGCAACCGAAGACGCCAGGAGUACGACCCUUCACGAAUCAGAGGGCCUGAUCCACGAAUGGCUCCGAAAUACGACGUCGAUCGACCGUAUGCCACCGUGUCCAGGAGGAUGCCCGUGGAGGACUACCCGGACCAGAGAGACCCCGGCCAUUACCCGAACCCCAUCUACGAGACCCAUCGAGACAACUAUCCUUCACGCUCUCCCCGGUUGCCCGUACCCAGACCCAUGGAGGCCACGGGCGGUGACUACCCUUCAUAUCCAGCAGAACAGAGGGGUCCCAUGAGGCACGAUAUCCCACCCUCGUCCAACCCAGGUGCCAGAGGACCACCGCGAUAUGAAACGCUAAACCAGGGGAACUAUCGGAUGGCCAGUCCUGAUCGCUACGGGUCAUACGGAGACGAACAAUACCAAGAUCCCCGGCAGAAAAACCCAAUCGGAGCUGUCUAGAGGAGGAGGAAGUAGGUUUGUGCUGAAAAGGCAAGUGGUUGAGUAAAGUAGGUAAUUUUGCCCAU